UCGCUUUCCACACGGAAGAAAACCGCCAUCAUCUCUUCGUCAUUGUCCGAGGGGAUCGGUCGACAUGCGGGUCCUUCUGCGCAAGUACAUGGGCCGCAUGCGCCUGCGCCGCCGGGCGCGUCGCCUCUCGGAGCGCAAGAAGGACGCUGUCACUGACGUGGCCACUGCCUUUGACGCGCUCUCGAUCGAGCAGAAGGAAGCGGUGAUCGCCCGUGUCCUCGCGAGCCACAAGAAGGACUUCAACCUCGAAAAGCACUUUGCCGACGCCGACGUCAAUAAAGAUGGCGUGCUCACAACCGUCGAGUUCCACUCGUACAUCACGUCGCGCUUCCUGCCGCAGACGAUCGCAGCGUCGCUCGGCCAUAGCUCGCUCGAGCGCCCGAGUGCGCGCCAGCUGCGCCUCGUCAUGCUGGCGUCGGGCAUCCCGUUCAUUGGCUUUGGCAUCGUCGACAACCUCAUCAUGCUCACGGCAGGCGACUCGAUGGAGACAUACUUGCGUGCGGCGAUGCCCAUCUCGGUACUGGCCGCCGCGGGCUUGAGCAACUGCGUCGCCGACGUCGCAGGCCUGAGCCUCGGCGGUGUCAUCGAAUCCUUUGCGCGCAAGCUCGGCAUUGGCGACCCGCAGCUCUCGUCGACGCAGGCCCGCAUGCCGAUCGUGCGGGGCAUCUCGUAUCUCUCGUCGGCCGUGGGCAUUUCAUUUGGCUGCCUCGUCGGCAUGCUGCCGCUGGCCUUUAUGGACACCGAGGACGAGGAGGCCGAAGCCGCCAACCUGCAAGCGACCAAAGAGCGAUACCAGCGCAUCCGCGUGCGCUCCAUGUCGCGACGCGGCCUCGAGAGCGACGAGACAGCCGAGCUGGGAUAGUGAACUACCCUCGCUGUAGCAACGACGACGACGACAGGGAAGAGUAGUAAAUAGAAAGCUACGUCUCGUCGCUGUAGCCUCGCGUCUGAAGGCAUGUUCUAAAAGGCGUUUACGCGGA